AUGGCGAGUAGUCAGCGCCCUCUAUCUGAGAUUAGCCCGGUUGCACCGCGGCGAAACUCUCCCGGAACAAAGGAUUGUCCGAAUGGAAAUUCAUCACCAUUUGACUCGUCUUCUGCAUCCCCUCGUAUGUUCUGGCAGGGCCGCGACCCAGCCUCUCCAUAUCGCGUCAAUUUUGAGAAUCGAAACCCCUAUGAUGGAUCGUCCCCUGCGCAUUCAGCCAAGAGGUCGUCGAUUGAAAAUUUAAAGAGAGCUUCACGGGUGAAAAACAGUAGCAUGUUUGCUCGUGAACAAAAGGGAGAAUACGAUCCCACGCAAGUCCAGGUGCUUGAACGUCCAUUAGCAAGUGGACGACCAUUGAGCCAGCAACGUUCCUCUAAUGCCAGCCCCGAUGCAAGACGCCAACUGCCGUCCCAAGUACCAAAGGCCAGCAUUCCGGAUUCAGGCGCACUCCAUGGGCAGCAAAUCGAAGGCUCGCCCAGUAGAGCGCAGACCCAGUCGCCACCGAAAUCUUCGCUCAACCGAAAUGGUCGCUAUUCUGGGAAAUCAUUCGACCCUCAUAGCGAAAUAUGGUCUGAUGACGAUUCAACCGCUAUUGACCGAUCGUUUGGAGACAGUCGUGGAUCUCGCCGACACGCAAAGAGUGUUACAUUUGAUGCGGCGCCUCCACAAAUUAACGAGUAUGAAAUGACUACCCCCGUGCCUUCGUCUGUGGCAUCCAGUUCUCGCGAAGGGAGUUAUGAGUCAACAGAGAAUGAGGAAAGCUUUGAGUGUAGCUUUUCGCUCCAUGAAGAUAGUUUUGAUGCAAGUUUAGAAGACACGGAGAAAACUCCAGUGAUGCUACCUGAUGAAUGGGGUUAUGAAAGCCCUGAUGAGACAAAUGACGACGUCUCGCAGCUUGAAUAUGACCCUUUUAGUCCGGAAGAUGAGGCGGCAGAGUCAGAAGUGCGCCCACCCUCAUCCAAUGCAUCUAGUUCCUUCCAAUCUAGAAUUGAGUCUUUGGAUUCCAAUGGGGAGUGCCGUCCACUUCCUCCUCUUCCUCUAUCUAACAUGAGGUCUCCGGAUAGCCAUCGGGGCAUAUCGGCGACUCUAGAGCGAGCCAGUGGUGUUUCAAAGCCAUCACCUCUCCGUCCAGCCUCUUGCUCAAAAGACGAUCUCAACACCUUCGGGUCCUCGUCUUUGUCAUUGGAAGAUCGACUUCGUUUGAUGAUGGCGGAUCAAGGCCAUGUUUCUGACGCAGAACUGCAGCGUGAGCGACGGAUGCGGCGUGCAAAUCUGCGCGAAAAGACUUUCGACAAGGGUGAUGAGCAUCCAGACGAUAGUAUGGUUAGUGAGCUCAGUAUAUCGUCUGAGCCUUGUCCAACCAUGCCUCGGAUCUCAAGAGAAUCCAUUUUACGGAAUCUGCGGAAGAAAGAGUCGUUCAAUGAAGACAUCAGUGGUAUUUCAUCCGUAGGUAGUUCCAGUCCUCAUCGCCCAUUACCACUUGAUCCAGAUGUUCCGAUUCCAUCCCUCGAAACCGAUGAUAUUUCAAUUAAAGAAGAAGAGCAAGAAAUUGACCUUCAUGAUAUUCCCGAGUACUGUUUGGAAGGCAAGCUUAGUGCCAUUGACAACGACGGCGAUAUUCAGCAGUAUGACUAUGAUGAUGAGAGUCAUUACUCUCGUGCUUCUAGAGACGAAGACGACUCACGCAUAGAACAAUUCGAAGAUGCCGAGAAACAAUCUACCCCCGUCCCAUUGUGCGUUCCACAAGGUAUCUCAGCCGAGGCCAACCACAGGCGUCGAUCAGGAUCGGUGUCAACUACAGCAGAUGAAGAGCAGCCAUUUGACCUGGACUUGCUUUCCUACGUAGAUAGGUCCACCCCUUCAGCUGUGGACAGUGAUGAUAUCCCUCCCCCUCUUGAACUUGGGGCAAUUCGUGAGUCGCUUCAAAGACCGGGAACACCUGAGCAAGCAGCAGACCAGGCAGCAUCUGUUGAUCAGCAUGACGAAAGCUUCCAUCGUGCCGGCACUCCAGACUCCGUUAUUCGUCAUUCUAUAUUGACAGAUACCACAGCGGAUGAGCGUUCUGCUGUGAUUCCAGAACCAGUAGCGACUGUCAAGGUGCCAGGAGCUGACCUAAAGAUUCGCCCUUCUUUAACUCCAGCAGAUGUAGAAUCGAUGGCCGCCGUUCGCCGCAAGGUAAGCGGACAGGGUCCUAGGAUACCAUCGAUUUCGGAACAUCACCGCUCCAGCCUUCCUAAUAUGCUAUCGGAGUCGAGCAUCGACUCUGUUAAACCAGACCACCCGUCCAUUAACGGGCUCGCUUCCGUUGAGAAACGCCAGUCAUCGCUAGUCAAACUUGACAUCCCGGUCAGUGCUAGCGACGAAGGUCUGGGUUUUGGCCUUGACGAGGAAUUUGACCGUGUUAUCGAAGCCCAAAAGGUUGCGUUUGAACUCUCUCUUUCUCAGAUCCCUCCCUAUAAGGACACCCACUUCACCAGUGAGCUGCAAGCUGCUAGCCAUGUCGCCCUUAGUAAUUGUGAGAGUAAGGCUAACACUAGAAUAAUGAGACAGAGAGGAUACCUUAUGAGGCAGAAUACAAAGGUCAUCGUUGCGACAAGCUCCAACCCCGAUGAUGCAAACCCAAAGCCUGCGGCAGAUGUCCGUCCGGCAGCCCGUAAGCCCAGUCAGCAAACAUGGACCACAGAACCAUGGAACGGUAAGGCAAGGCGUCAAAGUAUCAAGGUCUCAGGCAUACCUAAGAAGAAAACCGAACCAGUUCCUCCACUACCUGGUCAGGAGAGCGUUGUAAAGGAUACACUGAAUGCAGUGGAGGAGACAGAAAAUGAAACUAACGCACAAGAUGUUGAAGAUGGAAAAGACAGAGGGCGCCUUUUCGUAAAAGUGACUGGUGUCAAGGACCUGGAUCUUCCUCUUCCCCGAGGAGAACGUUCCUUUUUCUCCUUGACUCUCGAUAAUGGGCUUCACUGCGUGACGACCUCCUGGCUAGAAUUGGGAAAAUCUGCACCUAUCGGUCAAGAGUUUGAACUGGUAGUUAUGAACGAACUUGAAUUCCAGUUGACGCUGCAGCUCAAACCUGAACAGCUCAAACCAAAGACUCAGGUCAUUCCGUCUUCUCCGCCUAAGCCCCAGAAACCUCAGAAGACUUCCGCAUUUAGCCGUGUAUUUGCAUCUCCCAAGAAGCGAAGAGAAAUGGAGAUGCGACAGCAGAUGGAAGCCCAGCAACUGAAGCAACAAGCUGAAGAGAAGAAGGCCAUCAACGGGCCCGAUCCCUGGGAUAAAGUCCGAAGCCUAGUGGCUAAGGAUGGCAGCUUCGCUCGGGCGUAUGUGUCGCUAGCAGAUUAUGAGCAGCACGCUUUUGGCCGGCCUCUGACUGUAGAUGUGGCGUGUUUCAACGAAUGGGCAGUUGAGGAAGUGCCCGUUAACAAUUCAAAAACCAAGCGAAAUAUUCCAAUGCCGGCUCAACGUCGACCUCCCUAUCGAGUCGGAAACCUGGAGCUCCAGCUUUUGUAUGUUCCAAAACCGAAAGGCGCGACUGACGAAGAUAUGCCUAAGAGCAUGAACGCAUGCAUUCGAGAAAUGAGAGAGGCUGACAAUGCCUCUAUGCGGAGCUGGGAAGGAUUUUUAUCGCAACAAGGUGGAGAUUGCCCGUAUUGGCGUCGUAGGUAUUUCAAACUCCAGGGUUCCAAACUUACUGCCUACCACGAAACCACCCGCCAACCACGCGCGAACAUCAACAUUGCUAAAGCUGCUAAGCUGAUCGACGACCGGUCUAUUUUAACUCAAAAAGAAACUACGGCCAAAGGAGGUAGACGGCGUAAGUCAGCCUUUGCUGAAGAAGAAGAAGGUUAUAUGUUUGUCGAGGAAGGGUUUCGAAUUCGCUUCGGCAACGGUGAGGUGAUCGACUUUUAUGCAGAUAGUCGUGCGGAGAAGGAAGGCUGGCUCAAGGUCCUCGAAGAGACCGUGGGUAAAGGCCACUCUUCUGGCAACGGCAAUGCAAAGGCCUGGACGGAGCUUAUUAUCCGGCGAGAGCGGAGUAUGAAAGGAAAGCAGCCACACUGUGACAUGCCAACAAGUGAACGCCCGAUGAGCGCGCGAAAUCCAAUUCCUCCAGCACCGCCAAAGGAUAUCCCAACUCCAACUUCGCGGCCGCCCGUUGCUCCUCCGCCAAAAUCAAGACAUAGCAAGCAAAACUCACAACCAAAUAUCAGCUGGGCAGAUGCAAGAAGACAGAAAGCUCGAUCAUUGAUAUUUUAA